AUGUUCAUCUGGGAGGAGGAGAUCAGCCUGCCCUGGUUCCCUGUCUGUAUCUCCAAGCUCUGGGAAUCCCCCCGGCUGCCAGCACUGCCCUGCCCCGGCAGCUAUGACAGGAUGCCCGUCUGCGCUGUGGCGGGCGCGCACCCCCCGGAGCGCCCAGUGAGCCGGAUGCCCAUGGAGGGGCAGGACAAGGCCCCCGGCCAUGCGCCGGCCCGGGAGGGGGACGCCCUGCGGGUCAACCAGCUGCACAACAGCAACAACAACGCCUCGCCGGGGGGCUGGCUGGGCCUCAAGGGCUCCCGCUCCCUCUCGCCCUUCGGCCCCCGGGCCCCUGCUGGCGCCAACCACAAGCUGAGCUACCUGGAGCGCGUCGUGCUGGAGCUCGUGGAGUCGGAGCGCACAUACGUGCGGGACCUGCGCAGCAUUGUGGAGGACUACCUGGGGAAGAUCAUCGACACCGAGGAGGAGCUGCUGCGGCCGGAGCAGGUCAGCGCGCUGUUUGGGAACAUCGAGGAUAUCUACGAACUCAACAGCGAGCUGCUGCAGGACCUGGACAGCUGUGACAGCAACCCCGUGGCCGUGGCCAGAUGCUUCGUGGACAGGAGCCAGGAUUUCGAUAUCUACACCCAGUACUGCAACAACUACCCCAACUCGGUGGCGGCUUUGACCGAGUGCAUGAGGAACAAGCACCAGGCUAUAUUCUUCCGCGAGCGCCAGGAACAGAUUGGCCACGUGCUGCCCCUGGGCUCCUACCUGCUCAAGCCCGUCCAGAGGAUCCUCAAGUACCACCUGCUGCUCCAGGAGAUCGCGAAGCACUUUGACCUGGAGGAGGCCGGCUACGAGGUGGUGGAGGAGGCCAUCGACACCAUGACCUGCGUGGCCUGGUACAUCAACGACAUGAAGCGCAGACACGAGCAUGCUGUGCGGCUGCAGGAGAUCCAGUCCCUGCUGCUGCACUGGAAGGGCCCGGAUCUGACGACCUUCGGGGAGCUGGUGCUGGAGGGCACCUUCCGGGUGCACCGCGUGCGCAACGAGCGCACCUUCUUCCUCUUCGACCGCACCCUGCUCAUCACCAAGAGACGGGGCGACCACUUCGUCUGCAAGAACGACAUCCCGUGCUCCUCCUUGAUGCUGAUCGAGAGCACCAGGGACUCGCUGUGCUUCAGCGUCACCCACUACAAGCACAGCAAGCAGCAGUACAGUAUCCAGGCCAAGAGCGUGGAGGAGAAGCGGGUCUGGACCCACCACAUCAAGAGGCUCAUUCUGGAGAACCACCACGCCAUCAUCCCCCAGAAGGCUAAGGAAGCGAUCCUGGAAAUGGACUCCUCCCACCCCGCUUGCUACAGAUACAGCCCGGAGCGGCUGAAGAAAGCGAAGUCGUGCCAGCCCAUGGACGAGGUGCCCCCGCAGGCACGGCAGGGGCGCCGGCAGUCGGAGCCUGCCAAGCAGAUUGUCAAGCAGCUGGGUGAGAAAGCUCCCAACACCACAAUCCGGGCGUUCGGCAGCCAGCCCAGCCUCACCGCCCUCGGCCCCCUGCAGCUCGUUCUGCCAGGGAGGGGCGGCAUUGGGCACGCCGACAGCACCGGAGCCCUCCUGGAGGCCGGGGCGCCCUUGCAGCUCCCAGGCAGCACUUGGCAGCCGGCUGAGGGCAAGGGGGGCGCAGAGGAGGAGGAGGAGGAAGCAGCCAUGGGGAAGGAGGAAGAGCAGGCCCUGGGGCAGGGCUCGCUGGAGGAGCUGGCUGUGAGUGACAGCCGUGAGAAGGAAGCUGGGCCGGAGGAGGAGGUAGCUGACUUUGCGAGCUUCCUGCUGGCGGCGCUGCACGGCUGGCACUGUCGGGCCAACGCUUUGCUUUUCUCCCGGGGCCGCACGGGCAAGGGGCCCAAGGGAAGCCAGGAGCCAGGGAAUCCCGAGAACCGUCGCAGUGCAGAGACAGCCUCGGCCAUCCUGGAGGCUGCCCCGGAACCCAGUGAGCUCCCCGAGGAAGAGCGCCCAGAGGAGUCCCCUGAGGCCGCGAGCGCCCCCGAGCCGGCCCAGCAGAGGGCAAUGGAGCAGAGCCUGGCCACGGCGGAGAACACGGAGGACCUCAAAGCCCUGAGCAGCGAGGAGGAGGAGGAGGAGGAGGAGACCAGGGCGAGGAGCAUUCUGCCCCCGUCCGUGCUGGACCACGCCAGCCUCAUCGCCGAGAUGUUCGCCAGCAGCUUCUCACGGCGCAGCAGCCUGGCGCUGGAGGAGGGCCGGCCCGGGGGCUUCCUGACGCCCAGGCUGGUCAGCCGGAGCAGCAGCGUGCUGAGCCUGGAGGGCAGCGAGAAGGGGCAGGGCCGCGGCAGCGCCGCCAACUCCCAGGGCCGCGUCUCGCCGCCAGGCUCCACCCGCAGCGGGGCCGCUUCGCCUGGCCCCUUGGAGCCCGAGCGCACCCCCUGCCACAGGAAAGAGUCCAUGCUCUCCCAGCGGGACCGGCUGCUGCUGGACAAAAUCAAGAGCUACUACGAGUGCGCGGAGCACCGCGACGCCGGCUUCAGCAUCCGGCGCCGGGAGAGCCUCUCCUACAUCCCCAAGGGGCUGGUGAGGAACUCGGUCUGCCGCCUCAACAGCCUCCCACCCCCGCCGCCGGAGCAGCACGCCGACGCCAGGCGGGGAGCGGGCGGCGCGGGGAGCGGCGGGCGGACAGCCGCCUGGGUGCUGGCGGGCGUCCCCACCGCCGGGCCCAGGGCCGAGCCCAGCACCCCCGUCGCCGAGGAGGAGUUCCGCCCGCCCGCCGAGAUGAUCAAGGUGUGGGAGGGCAUGGAGAAGCUGAGCGCCGGCCAGCCCUGCCUGGAGAGGGGCAGCGGGGAGGGCACAGCUGGCGCCACCACCGCGUGGCCCCUAGGCAGGAGCCAGGAGAACGGCUUGGACCUGCACGAGCCGCUGCUCAUCCUGGAGGACGACGAGCUGAGCGCCAUCGCGGAGGAGUCAGCCGGGCCCUCGCCCGAGAGCCGGUCCCCCACGGAGCGAGCGGGGCCCGCCAGGCUGGCCGGCCAGCUGCAGAGACUGGCGCAGGAACUGGGCCACCCCGCCAAGCCGCGCCCCCGGGUCCCGCCGCUCUCGGAGGCAGAGCUGAGCGAGCACCUGAAGAACAAAGUGUACCAGCUGGCGCGCCAGUACAGCCUGCGCCUCAGGAACCGCCAGCCAGCCGGGCACAGGCGGCUUGCCAACCUGGAGGAGCUGAGGAGCUGCGCUGCGUCCCCCCCGCGUGAUGGGCACCAGGAGGUGAAGAGAAGCACAGACCCGCGGAAGAAGCCGGCGCUGUCUCUCGCGGCCUUUGAGCAGGUGGUGCUGCAGGAGUACAGCCCCCGCACACCGCUCUCUGCCACCGUCUCCUCGCAGGACAAGUCGCCCAAGUGCUUCUCCUACAGCCCCUCCUGCCCCACCUCGCCCGGCAGUGGCACCUCGCCCGGCCCCUCGUCCUGCAGCCCACUCAGCCCCAUUAUGGCGGAGACGUUCACCUGGCCCGACGUGCGGGAGCUGCGCUCCAGGUACUCCUUCGGCACGGCCUUCCCCGGCCCACGCCGCCCCCCCCCAGUCAACAGGAGCCGGUCGGCGCCGGAGAAGAUGGUGGCCGAGCUGCCGGGAGGCGUCCUGGGACAGGAGGGCUGGCGCGGGCUGGAGAAGAGCCCCGGGAGGGACCGGAGCACUGAGGAGAGCCCAGACCCCAGCGCCCGGCAACGCCAGAGGAACCAGAGCGCUGGCUCACUGCGCAUCACCGCAGAGGCCAUGCUGGGCGACCAGCGGGUCAUCGUGCUGGAGAAGGUGCCGUGUGGCGGGGACCCACCUGCCCCCGAGGAGCCGCCCGAUGCCGCCAGCUACGUGCAGAUCCGCUCGCCCACCUCGCGGGAGCGGAUCUCGCUCAAGGCCGUGGCGGAGCGCUGCAAGGCCUACCAGGAGUCGGAUGAGUACCGGCGGCUGGAGGAGGGCCCGGCCCCCGAGCCCAGCCAGGCUGCGGGCUGGGAGCAGGCGGCCGCCGGCCAGCACGGCCGCGUGAGGAGCCUGCGGGAGAAGUUCCAGACCCUGAACUCUGCCAGUUGA